AUGUCGCUGGCGAAUUCUCGUAUCAGUAAGAGAUCCCAUCAGGCCUGUGAAAACUGCAGACGAAAGAAGACGCGAUGCCCUGGAGAGCGACCGGCGUGUUCAACCUGCACUCGUCUGAAGCAGGCAUGCCAGUAUAGCAGGAACUAUGAUUCCUGGGAAAGCAGUGCUGGGGGCGAUGGCGUCCUGAGCCAGGAAGAUCGACUCCAGCAGCUAGAGGAGAAGAUGAAUCUAGUGCUGGAACAAUCAGUACCAAACCGCAAUGUUGGAAUACCGGGGCCACUGGGCUUGAUAAGCCAAAGUGCAGGCGGGGAUCCUGCAUCAAAGUCUACAGCUGGCAGUCGCAAGACUCCAACACGGAGAAUGCCAUCUCAUGAUGAUAUGACUAUUCAGUCUGCAAACAUGACCACCAAUCUGACAACAUUUACAUUGCCCCCAAAAGACAUGAUUUCUAAAUGCGUUGCCCUCUACUUCCAAUACUGUCACAAGCAACCUCUGUGGCUUUUUGACCCUGAAAAACUCUCAAAUUUAUCAGAAAUUCCCGAUGAGAUUACAUUCGGUAUUUCCAGUUUAGCCUUGCGGUAUUCACGGAGCCACAUUCUAGAUGGCCAGGCCGACCAGCUGUGUCGGCAAUACGCAGAGUCAGCUCACAGUCUAAUUUCUCUUCGAAUUGCUCGGGGGAGUGUGAAUCUAUCAACAAUGCAAGCUCUUUGUUUGAUUUCACUUGCUGAGUACAUUGCUAAUGAUACCCACCUGGCUUGGAUUCACAUUGGCCUCGUCACAAAUCUUGCCAAGUGUGGGAAUAUUGACAUUGAACUACAUGAGGGACAAACUACGCCUACGCUGGAAGCUCGCCGAAGGCUAUUUUGGAGCAUCAACUUCCUGAAUCAGCAAUUCGGACCACGGAACUUAUCGUUGAAUAUUCUACGAGAUAUUUCAAAUCCAAAGUACACGGCCGUCAACAUUGACACCCCUCGAGAGAUGGGUGUUCCGGAGGAAACCGGCUCCCUUUCGUCAAGAGGAGGAAUUUGGGUUUACAUGGUUCAAUUGGGAUCCCUUUGGAGAGAGGUCCAGCACUACGUAUCACAUUGUGCUAGCGGGUAUUUCACUCCACCAUGGUCCGUUGACUCCGGCUAUUCUAUUAUCGGAGCCCAUUUGAUGAAUCUUGAAACAAACUUCCCCAUGUCUCAUCGAUACGACUCCGCCAGGUUUCAAGAACAGUCUAUUGAGGAACUGCAUGGCGAUCGUUGGUACUGGAGCCCAUGGUUAUAUCUUCAAUUCACAUAUCAUGCUGUGCACAGUAUGAUAAACCAUCCUUUUCUCUACUCCUGGCGGCCUCAGCAGUCUGCUCAACUUGCAGUGCCAAACACCUUUUGGAAAACUUCGUCAGAGUUGGCACUGAUACACACAACGUGGACGGUUCGCCUCAUUGAUAUGGUUACUGAAAAGGACUAUCAGCUCUCCGACCCAUCGAUCGGCCAUUUAGUAGCCAUUGCGACCACGAUUCAUCUCUAUUACUGUCGCGCUGCAGAUCCCGCCCUGAGAGAGUCCGCACAACGCAAGGUGGAAACCUGUACGAAUUUCCUAAGCGACUUGGCUGCAAAAUGGCCCACAUGCGAGGUUAUCUAUCAAAAAGUCCAAGCUCUCAUACAAUCGGCAUUUGCCGUGAGCCCAAGUUCAAGCAACAGCCGGACACCACGCAGAACAAUAUCAAUCGACACGGCAUUGAUGUGGGAUAUUCUCCUUCAAAGCUCUCCGCAGGCACCAUAUAAUGCUGCUGGGCGAGGUCUCUUCGAACCCUCAUUUUUUGCAACACAGGGAGAGAAAAAUGCCGAGAAGGUAACGGUUGAAACGGAGAUAUUCCAUCACUCUACGAGAACGGUGGAUACCUCUGAUGGUGGGCAAGCCUUGCCACCAUAUUCGAGUACCGUACAAGAUCGGCGGUCUUCUGACGGUUCAGAAAUGUGGAGAGAAAGCAGCUCACUUUCAAUGAGUAAUGGCGCUGUCCAGGGUCCAUUGCCACGAGACCCUAUGGGGUGGUCGGUACCGGGGCUCCAGAAUGAUGCUUCAUUCAUGGACAUCACC